GGAGCAUUGAGGCGACCUGAGCGCGGCGCGCGGGCGGAACAGGAACGAGCUUCCCUUAAUUAACGGAGCGCGAGCCCUACAGGAAUGCCAGCGAGACGCUGUUUAAAGAAGGGAUGCUAUAGCCAACAUGCUAUGAGAUGUACAAAUGAAUAGAAGUUGAAAUGGCUGAUCUUAAAGUCCUCUUUUGUGGUCAAGACGCUGUCCAAACUGAUCACCUUGACUGGUCCCUAAAACACCAACAAAUUCAUCACUCAGUGUGUGCAGAUGAAAGGGCCCUUUCCAAUGAAGAGUGCUGCCAGGCGUAUCUAGAGGAGAAUGUUAAUGAGGUGAACAAGCUUUCAGAACCAUGGACAGCGCCUCUGCCAAUUGGACGACUCUGCAAACACAAUGAAUGGGGAUUUGAUGAAGAAGUUGAGGUAUGUUACGAUGAGCAGUUUGAAACAGCUUUUCCUGGUGUGCCUGACUUUACUGACCAUAAAGACAAUCAGUUGUUAGCAGAGGAGACCAACUAUGACAAUUUCAGUUGGAAUUCAUCCAAAGAUCUCCAAGAAGGCGCCCCAGAAUGCUCCCUGCUGUCAGUUGAUGAUUUCAUAGUGGAUUCAUCAGAAAAGUCUGUGGAUUAUGGAUUUAUAGGUGCCGUUACAUUUUUAGUUACUGGGAUCUCCUUGGUUGUCAUCUCUUACACAGUCCCACGUGACGUCAAAGUGAAUCCCGAUACCGUUUCUGCCCGGGAGAUGGAGCGGUUGGAGAGGGAGAACGCCCAGGUGGGCGCUCACCUGGACAGAUGUGUGAUUGCAGGGCUGUGUCUCCUCACACUCGGUGGUGUGGUACUGUCAACCCUGUUGAUGAUUUCCAUGUAUAAAGGGGAGAUGAUCAGGAGACAAGCAUUUGCUUACUCCAAGCACCAAGCCAGACUCUAUGGCUCUAUGAAUUUUAGAAGUGGCACGAGCCCAACUGGUGCUCCUUCGCUUUUGUCCCUUGAUGAAGAUGAAGGUCCUGUUGAAAUCUUAAGUUUAAGCUGACUCAGCUUCUUGACUUGUUAUAUCCAUACUAAAACAUGAUCAAAACAGCUUUGUAACACUGUGAUCUAGGAGGACCCACUGUAAAACACAUUUUGUCAUUAAAAAAAACAAUAUUGUUCAUAUCAUACUAUCUAAACUUACUUUUAAACUACUAAAUUACUACUAAAUUUGAGUCAAAUAAACUUGACUACAAAGGUGUCAUACAACUAAGGUAAUUUUAAGGGUCCAAUCAGGUUAAAAUACUACACUUUUUACAUUGUACUUAAUUGACAAAAUUAGAUGUUACAUCUAUGAAAAUUUAACAUACCAACAUGGACUUGAGCCCUGUUUAUGUGAAAAAUAUAUUUGUGUGAGUCUGUGUAUUUUUCCAAAGUAUUUGUUCAUGUAAAGAGUGCUUUACAAGUGUAGUGAUAUAAGCCUCAGUUUCUUUCAGUAUGAAGCUUUUAACUAUCAUAGGACCACUCAGCUAAAUUGGCAAAUGUACAUUUGUGUCAUAUUUAGCCAGUUGUCACAAUGGAAAAGAAAAAAUACUUUAUUUCCUUUUUCUCAGGCUUGGCAGUCUGUGUCUGACAGCUGACUUAAUCAUCAGUCAUUGUAUGAAAACCUCUCUCCAAUCAGGAGGGACAGAGAGAUUUAUUCCAAUGCUUCUGAAGCCAGUUAAAUCUACAUACAGUAUUUUCAUUCGCAUUUGUGUAAAAAUACACAUAAUAAACAGCUUUUCAACAGUACAGGGAACAUUAAUGCACACCAGGGAGGUUUGAACAAAUUUUUGUGAGAUUUAUUUAGAGAAUAUCUGUGCUUUUAAUGCACAUGAAAUGCGGGAAAUUUGUGAGCAGAUGUCUCUCUUUCUCUCUCAUCAGUGUGCGUGUGUACAAGAAGAAUCUCAUGGGAAAUGACUGCUCUAAGUUUCUCCUUCCCAAUAGAAACUAACCCCAUUAGAGUCACACAUCAUAACAUGUAAUGGCCUGAAAGAACCAAAUCCAGAAUGCAAAAGGCACGUAAAUCCAUCGUGUAGGCUCUCAUUCCCCAAAGCACAAGCUGUUAGAAACAAGUAAAGGGAAUUAAGCUGAAACAGGCUAAUAUCAAACCAACUACACAAGGUAAAAAUCUAAUUGAUAAAGGAUUAGUUCACUAAAAGUAAAAACUAAAGAUAAUUUACUGGUCCUCACAUUGUUUCAAACAUUUGUGACUAUUCCUUGUGCAAAACACAAAAUAAUAUUUUGAAGAACUGUUUUUGUGCAUACAAUGGA